UGAGAAAUUCCCCGGCAGAGGCGGGGAGCUGGCGCUGUGGUCAGCUGAGCGGCGCCGGGCGGGUCGCGAGGCCGAUCCUAAGUCCCCGGGCCCAGCCGCUCCGGUCCCCGCCCUUGGCCGGUCUCCCAGCCGGCGUCCACAUCCGGGCCGGGAGCUCUCCUCCUGGGGCACGAUGCCUAGGGGUCAGUGACAUCGAGAGAAGCCGAUCGCUGGCGGCCGGAACUUCUGCCAUGUCCCACCAACCUCUCAGCUGCCUGACUGAAAAGGGGGACAGUCCCAUUGAGACCACAGGAAAUGGACCCCCCAUUCUGGCUCACCCCAGCCUGGAUACAUUCACCCCAGAGGAGCUGCUACAGCAGAUGAAGGAGCUCUUGGUUGAGAACCACCAGCUGAAAGGUGAGCAGCCACUCAACCCGUAUUCUCCACUCACCUGGGGCCUUUAUGAAACAAAGGCUCCAGAAUUGGAAGAAGUUAAAUCAGAAGCUGAAGCUUUGGACAGCUGCUUUCAAGUUCCCAGCAUGGCACUGCUCCAGCUGAAGGCAGAGUAUCACCUGGGCAGCGGGAGACCCAUCGGGCCCUUAGUUGAUUUGUUUAUGUGCUUUACUCCUUGUCAUUUCCAGGACCCCACUGGUGACUCUAGGCUUCCCAAGGUGGUAGCAGAGCAGGAAGUGGAACAGCUGAAGACCCAGGUGGCACGCCUUCAGGCUGAAAAGGCAGACCUGCUGGGCAUCGUGUCUGAAUUACAGCUCAAGCUGACUGCCAGCGGCUCCUCAGAAGACUCCUUUGUUGAAAUCAAGAUGGCUGAAGGAGAAGCAGAUGGAACAUUAAAAGAAAUCAAGAAUAAUCUUGAGCCUACAAGAACAGACUCCAUUGACAUGAGCAAAUCUGCCAAAGGUGCCAAGAAUUAUUUGGAAUUUGAAGAAUUAACUGUGAGCCAGCUCCUGCUUUGCCUAAGGGAAGGAAACCAGAAGGUGGAGAGACUUGAAAUUGCACUCAAAGAAGCCAAAGAAAGAAUUUCAGAUUUUGAAAAUAAAGCAAAUGAUCAUUCUGAAGUUGAGACCCAGACAGAGGGCAGCAAAGAAAAAGAGAAUGAAGAGGAGAAAGACACAGAAACUGUUGGAAGCGAAGUAGAAAUGUUGAACCUUCAGGUGACAUCGCUGUUUAAGGAGCUUCAAGAGGCUCAUACAAAAUUGAGUGAAGCUGAGCUGAUGAAGAAGAGACUUCAAGAAAAAUGCCAGGCUCUUGAAAGGAAAAAUUCUGCAACCCCAGCAGAGCUGAAUGAAAAGCAAGAGCUCGUUUAUAAUAACAAGAAGCUAGAGCUGCAAGUGGAAAGCAUGCGAUCGGAAAUCAAAAUGGAGCAAGCUAAAACAGAGGAUGGAAAGUCCAAGUUAGCCAUUCUACAGUCAACACACAACAAGCUUCUUCAAGAACAUAAUAAUGCAUUGAAAACAAUUGAGGAACUAAUAAGGAAAGAGUCAGAAAAAGUGGACAGGGCAGUGCUGCAGGAACUAAAUGCAAAACUGGAAAUGGCAGAGAGGGCACUGGCUUCCAAGCAGCUUCAAAUGGAUGAGAUGAAACAGACCAUUGCCAAGCAGGAGGAGGAUCUGGAAACCAUGGGUGUCCUUAGGACUCAGAUGGAGGUUUAUUGUUCUGAUUUUCAUGCUGAAAGAGCAGCAAGAGAGAAGAUUCAUGAAGAAAAGGAGCAACUUGCAUUGCAGCUGGCAAUUUUGCUAAAAGAGAACAACGUUUUUGAAGAUGGAGGCAGUAGGCAAUCCUUGAUGGAAAUGCAGAGCCGGCAUGGGGCAAGAACAAGUGACCCAGACCAGCAGGCUUACCUCAUCCAAAGAGGAGCUGAGGAUAGGAACUGGCGGCAAGAGCAAUCACAAGAGUAUUCCAAUUCAUUCCUGUCCCAAGUGUGGAGAAGUUCUGCCUGACAUAGAUACAUUACAGAUUCAUGUGAUGGACUGCAUCAUUUAAGUGUUGAUGUUUCACCUUCCCCCAAACUGUUGGUAAAUGUCAGCUUUUUCCUCCAAGACUUGUACUUUUGUCUUAUUUGUUUUCACUCAAAUAUUUUGCCUCAUUAUGCUUGUUUUAGGAGGGGAAAAAAAAAAAGAUGUAUCAAUUCUAAGAGAACACUUUGUGGAUUUCCAUGAGCUCACAAAAUGGAAUCCUUAACCACUGCCCUUCUUCUGAUAAUAAAUUCAGUAGUUUUUAUGUUCUGUUCAUGUGGGCAAAUACACUAUUCAUACAGUUAAAUAGCAUGAGAUGUAAUGUGACAAGGCUCAGGGAAUUAUAAGAAACUUCACUGAUAAAUUUAAGAAUCUUUUAAGGAGGCAGAAAAAAAUGAAUUGGUCACAGAUUUAAUCAGGAAAAAUGUCUUUGAAAUAGUUUUAAAGCAAAUUAUUGUUAUUAUUUAUCUUUUGAAACUGGAUCUUUUGGGUUUAUGUGUUUUUGUAUAUGUUGUAGUUUUAUUGUAGCCAAAGUUAUGACAUACCACUUUUUAUCUAGUAUGGUGAGCUUUCAGUUAAUAUUAGGACAAGUGAAAAAAUGUUGGCAUACAUGACAUUAAGUUCCUUGGAUUUCUCUUUUUUCUCUCUCCAUAUGUGUUAGAAAAGGAAACUUGCGAUGGAAUUCAGGGUCACUCUAGCACUAAGCUACAUUAUGCCCCACUUCUCCUAACCCCACUUUUUUUUUUUUUUUUUUGAGAUGGUCUCGCUAAGAUUCACAGUCUAGCCUAGAAUUUGCCAUCCUCUUGCCUCAGCCUCCUGAGUCACUGGGAUUAAGUUCACUAGAUUUCUUAUCAUUCACAGUGUUAAAUUUCAUAAUCACAAGAAGUAGUUAUUGAAAAAUAAAAUUUUGUUUAUGAAUCUUUUA